AUGGGUCUACCUGUGGACAGCCCAGACAGAAACGAUGAUGAACAUAAAUAUGAGGGAGAGGGAGAAGAGGGCGAAAGCCAAACUGAGGCCUGCACCCUCACCCGCACCCCGCCGCCCAUCACCAAGAAGAGGAGAAAAUGCAAGAAGAGGUACUUUACUGCUGGAGCUCCUCCAUUUGUACUUCUGCAGUUAUUUCCCAUUGCAGUGCGACGAGCUGCUCGAAGAUACGGCCUCAGAGAAGCGGUGGAGGGUGAAGACUGGACACUGUUUUGGACCGACUGCUCUGUGUCUCUAGACCGUGUUAAGGACAUGAAGCGUUACCAGAAAAUAAACCAUUUCCCGGGGAUGAGUGAGAUCUGCCGCAAAGACCUACUGGCAAGAAACAUGAACCGCAUGCUCAAGCUUUUCCCCAAAGACUACAACAUCUUCCCCAGAACGUGGUGCCUUCCUGCAGAUUACAGUGACUUCCAAGCUUACACCAGGGCCAAAAAAAACAAGACAUAUAUCUGUAAGCCAGACACUGGUUGCCAAGGCAAAGGGAUCUUCAUCACCAAAUCAAGUAAAGACAUUCCCCCUGGAGAACACAUGAUCUGCCAGGUUUACGUCUCCAGGCCUCUCAUUAUUGACGGGUACAAGUUUGACUUGCGUAUUUACGUGCUGGUGACGUCAUGUGACCCAUUCAGCAUAUUCAUGUUCAAGGAGGGGCUGGCCCGCUUCUGCACCACACAGUACAACGAACCAACGCACAGCAAUGUGGAAGAUGUGUGCAUGCAUCUCACCAACUACUCCAUCAACAAGCACAGUGAGAAUUUUCUCCGUGACGAGGACACGGGCAGCAAACGAAAGCUGUCCACCCUGAAUAAACACCUGGAGUCCAUCAGCUGCAACACAGAGAAGCUGUGGAAUGACAUUGAGGACGUGAUCAUAAAGACUCUGAUCUCCGCUCACCCCAUCCUCAAACAUAAUUACCACACGUGCUUCCCCAACCACACCACCGGCAGCGCCUGCUUCGAGAUCCUGGGCUUCGACGUGCUGCUGGAUCACCGCCUCAGACCCUGGGUGCUGGAGGUUAACCACUCCCCGAGUUUUACCACCGACUCACAGCUGGACCGGGAGGUGAAGAAUGCGUUGCUGUACGACACCCUGGUUCUCAUCAAUUUAGGUGCCUGCGACCGCCGCAAGAUCACCAAAGAGGAGAGACGCAGGGUGAAGGACAGGCUGCAGCAAAACCGCUCCAGAGAGGCCAGGUCGGAGGAGCUGCGUCAGUGCCAGGCGGCCACGGUGGAGCAGAUGGAGAGAUAUGAAGCCAAACACCUGGGAGGCUUCAAGAGGAUCUACCCCAGAGAGGGAGGAGAGAAAUACGACAAGUACUUCAAACACAGCAGCUCGCUCUUCCAGGAGACGGCAGCGUCCAAGGCCAGAGAGGAGUGUGCCAGGCAACAACUGCAGGAGCUGCGUCUGAAGCAGGAGCAGAGGGAGAGAGACCAGAUGGGGGGUCGGAGGAGAGACUUGCAGGGGGAGACAGCAGGGGAGAGAGUCAAACCACAACGAGCAUUAACACAACCCCCCACUUCUCGCUGUGACUGUGACCCAGAGGCGCCCCCUCUGUCCAGUCUGUCAGUGGAUCCUGAAGCUGCAGGAGUCCAAAAAGAGAAGCAGGAGAAGGAGAGGGAGGAGGAGGAGGAGGAGGCAGAUAUAGAAGAGCAGGAGCGGGUGGAGGCUCUGCUCCAGAGGAAGAAACUGCUAAAGGACCUGGGGGUGGUGGACCUGAUCCACCAGCUGCUGCACGGGUGGACAGAGGGAGGGGGAGUCCUGCAGGACGCCUGCACCCACCAGCAGAGUAAACAGACUCAGCAGAGACAACAGCAGACAAAGUUGGAGUCUUUGGCGCAGUUUUCCCACAGGACGAAGCAGCAGCAGCAGCAGCAGCAGCAGCAGCCCUGCACUCAGAUCUCACGGCAGCACGCCCACUCCCACAUGACUCAGCAGCGUUUGCUCAGGCCCACGAUCGACCAGAGGAGCCUGAACGAGUCCAGCUGCCUGCAGCAGGAGUCCAAGAGCCUCAACAGAGCGGGAGAAAUACGAAGGACCAUCAGCGCCCAGCGGAUACACUGGCCAGCAUCAGUCAGCGGCUCUCCGGCCGUCAGGCAGGACAGCAGGAGCAGCUCCUACACCGACACCCGGUCCCGUCCCAGCAUCCCGAUCGUAAACCACGUCCCUAAAAGAGGCCUGCGCUGCGCCUACAUGUCCCAUGACCCCGCUGCCCUGCAAAGCCUGCUCGUCAUCUCCACUCGAGCCCCGCUGGUCAGGAGGCCUGGCUUCUCCCACAUAGUCCGAAACUCCUCCCGCAGGGCCCCCCAACACAGCAAAGGGCAGUGAGGAGCAGGGACCGCCGACCUCUGAAACCCCCAGCUAGGAGAGUCUAGAGCUGCUGCAGGCCGACGCUCUCACACUGAAGCUACUCCAGAUAUUUAAACCGAUUUUAGACAAACAGGACCUGAGGAGAGCUGGAGGUAGAGAGGCCUUAAACUGUGAUAACACACAAACACACUGUGCCUGUGAUGAAUGCCUCAUGUUUAUAGAUAGAUUUUAUAUCUGGACACCUGCAGUUAACGCUGCUCCGCCACUGCACAGUAUCAACCCGCAGCUCUGCAGAAACUACAUUAUGACUUUCUACAUUUUCUACCCACUGUGUGUUUUCACAUAUUUGUCAUAUUUUUGCUCUGCGGAUGAAUCAUCUCAAACAAACCUCAUCUUUAGUGCCAAAAUAAAAGCACAGGCCUCAUUUAACACAUUAUGGAACAUGUGUGUGAUUCAUAUCUGCACAUUUCCUCAGAAUCUAUAAAGUCAUUGAUUAUUGGGUUUUGAUUU